CCUAAAUCUCAUGUCCACGCUGGGCGAGCUGUCCCUAUGCUGUGUUAUGUGCGGCUAUUCCCGGCUGCUCCGCCCCAGAGGUGGAUGCAUCUCAGUGUCGGGCGAGUAAUCCCCUUGCAGUGUUAUGUGUGGCUGUUCCCAGCCGCCCCGCCCCAGAGGUGGCCGCACCUCGCUGACUCUCCCUCCCGCCCUGGCAGCGCGGACGAGGUGAUCCUGAAGCCCAGCGGGGCGCAGCUGACAGUCGAGUUCCUGGAGGAGAACAGCUUCAGCGUCCCCAUCCUGGUGCUGAAGAAGGACGGGUUGGGCAUGACGCUGCCCCCCCCGUCCUUCACCGUGCGGGACAUCGAGCACUACGUGGGUAAGGCCGGGCCCAGGGGGCUGCCAGUGCUGGGAAUGGCCGCCGGGGGGCUGCGGCAGGGGUCCAUAGCUGGCACGCCGGGGUCCCGUGGGCUGGCGGCCGGGCCCCCCUCCCGGACGCCGGGGUCCCGCGGGCUGACAGCUCUGCCCCGCAGGCUGUCGAACCUGGUGGAGACCCCGAAGAUCGUGCGGAAGCUGUCGUGGGUGGAGAACCUGUGGCCGGGCGAGUCGGUGUUCGAGCGGCCGAGCGUGCAGAAGUACUGCCUGAUGGGCACGCAGGGCAGCUACACCGACUUCCACAUCGACUUCGGGGGCACCUCCGUCUGGUACCACGUGCUGUGGGGCGAGAAGAUUUUCUACCUGGUGCGGCCCAGCCCGACCAACCUGGCCCGGUUCGAGGCCUGGAGCAGCUCGUCCAACCAGAGCGAGACGUUCUUCGGGGACCAGGCCGAGCACUGCUACCGGUGCCCCCUGCGCCAGGGCCAGACGCUCUUCAUCCCCACGGGCUGGAUCCACGCCGUGCUGACCCCCAUCGACUGCCUGGCUUUCGGGGGCAACUUCCUGCACAGCCUCAACAUCGAGAUGCAGCUCAAGGCCUACGAGAUAGAGAAGCGUCUGAGCACGGCCGAUCUCUUCAGAUUUCCCAACUUUGAAACUAUCUGCUGGUACGUCGGCAAACAUCUCCUGGACAUCUUCCGAGGCCUGCGGGAGAACCGCCGACACCCGGCCGCCUACCUGGUGCACGGAGCGAAAGCUCUGAACACGGCGUUCCGCGCCUGGACCCGCAGAGAGGUGCUGGAGGAACACGAGGACGAAAUCCCCGGCACCGUGCGUCCUGCGCAGCUCAUCAAAGACCUGGCCAAGGAAAUCCGCCUGGUCGAGUUUGACGUUCCCAGCUCCAGCCUGGAGGAGACGGACGGGGAUUCGGAGCUGGCCGAAGGGGAGCUCACCUUGGUGCUGGCCGACGGCCGGCCUGUGCGGCCGAAGCGGGCCAGGGGCUCAGGGCGCCGGCGGCCCCGCCCGUCCCGCUCCCCGUCGCCCCCCAGCUCCCCGGGUGCCCAGGGGCUGGACCUCGACUCGGAGGAGGAUUUGCAGAUCGACGAGGCACCUCCCCGCAAGGACCGGCGGGGCCCAGCGCCCCCCCAGGAGACUGAAUUCCCCAGGAAGCUGCCAAGGGCCAAACCCUGCUCUGACCCCAACCGCGUGCGGGAGCCUGGGGAGGUCGAGUUCGACAUCGAGGUAAACGGGCUUUUGGGGGUGCCAGGGGGCGGGGGAUCCCGGACCCCCCUAACCCGCCCCCCUCCUCCCCCCCCCAGCGAGGCGCCGGCCUCGCCCAGCACGCAGGAGGCGAUCCAGGGCAUGCUCUGCAUGGCCAACCUGCAGGCGGCCGGCUCCUCGCCCGGCCGCCCGGCCUGGUGGGUCCCGGGCCACGAGCGCGGCUGGGCGGGCGGGUCGGCGACCAAGCGCCCCCGCAGGAGACCCCCGACGCGGGCGCCCGCCCACAGCACGGACAGCGAGGGCGAGACGGGCAGCCUGGACGAGCAGGAGAGCCUGGGCGCCUGCUUCAAGGACGCCGAGUUCAUUUACCCCUCUCUCGAGUCUGACGAGGACGACCCAGCCUUGAAGUCGCUACCAAAGAAGAAGAAAUGUACGGAUGACGCCCCCUGGAGCCCGAAAGGUAAUGGAACCCAGGAGUCCUGGCUGUGGGUUCUCCCCGGCUCUGGGGUUGCAGGGUGGGGCUGUGGGUGGGGGAGGGGAGAGCUCCGCCCCCCUGACGCUCUGCCCCCCCCAGGGAAGCGCCCCAGGAAGGGCCUGGCCACGGCUAAGCAGCGGCUCGGCCGCAUCCUCAAGAUCCAUCGCAACGGGAAGCUGCUUCUCUGAGCCCCAUGGAGCCGGGGGGGGCAGCACGGACCGCGCCCCCCCCCCGGGACUGCACAGGGGCGGGGCUUGCCUGGCACCUCCACCGAUUGGCUGCUGUGUCCUGGUAGACCCACCCCCAGCCCCCCACUGCUCCCUCCCCCUUUGGGUCUGAUUGGUCUCUUCUGCCCCCUG